AUGACCAACAUCGCGAACAAAGAUGAGGCCCUCCGUUGUCUCGAGAUAGCGAAGAGGGCCCUGCAGGCGAAGGACAUUGCGCGGGCGCAGCGGUUCGUGGCCAAGGCCAGGAAGCUGUGCGCCUGCGAGGAGGUUUCUGCGUUCAUAGCAAAUUUCGAAAAUCUGAGUUCAGGGAAUGAAAAUGGGGCAAAUGGGCCGUCGACAAGUGCAUCCAGUGCACCCGAAACUGGGGAGGGCCUGCGUCGUCGCAAUGGGAGCAUCCCUGCUUCUGAAAGACCGGACGAGAGCACUGCAGGCUCUGGGAGCCGCCAGUCAGCCACAAAGGAGCAACAGGAGCUGGUCCGGAAAAUACUGAGGGACAAAGACUUCUAUGUCAUUCUUGGGGUGUCAAAAGAUGCGGACGAAGAAGAAAUAAAGAGGGCAUACAAAAAAUUGGCACUGAAGCUGCACCCUGACAAGAACAAGGCUCAUGGCGCAGAGGAGGCAUUCAAAGCUGUCUCUCGGGCAUUUUCCUGCUUGAGCGAUCCAGAGAAGCGCUCCAACUACGAUCGUUUCGGUCAUGAGGACCGUCCAGAGCAGCGGGGGCAUGGGAUGCACCCAGGAGCGCACUCAUUCUAUGCUGAAGACUUGGAUCCACACGAGAUAUUCAACAUGUUCUUUGGGGGCGCGUUUCCUCACGCAAGGUCUCGUGUGUUUCACACUCAUCCCCGAGCCCACUUUCAGCGUGCUCGUGCAGACGGUGGUGCACAGAGUGUGAACUUCAUGAGCUUGAUGCAUGUCCUGCCACUCCUAGUGCUGUUCAUGUACACAUUCCUCUCUGGGCCCUCUGAGCCACUGUACAAGAUGUCAAGGGAGGCCCCUUUCACAGAACAAAUGAACACCAGAAGGUUUUCUGUGCCAUUUUUCGUGAAGUCGAGAUCGCAGUUCGACAAGGCUUACCCACCAGGUGGCUACUAUCGGGUGCAGUUGGAAAUCCAGAUCGAGGCGUCGCUCAGAGACUGGCUUGAGAGCCGGUGCCGGGAAGAGAAGAUCAGGAGGCGCAGGUGA